AUCAUUGCAUUAGAAUAGUUGAAAUUGAAUCUGAAAGUGGUAAUUUUCUAUUCGAUCGGUUUUAUGGUCCCAUAAGAAUAAUUCACAAGGAUUUCUAACGAACUAUAAAGUUCCUUUUCAAAGGAAAAACAAAAUAAAAUGACCAAGGAGAAACAAACAUAAGUUGGAAAAUGUCAAAUUUAUAGAAGAACAAUGGCAUGCAUGCAAGAGCAUUCAAUUUACUACAUGUUUAACUACAUGUUACUUGCAUAACAGGAAAAAUUUAUACAGUUAUUAAAUCUACGUUAUCUGAUAAAUAAGGAAUAAACAAGAAACCGUUAUACAUAAUUCGGAUUUCAUGAUGAUUCGAAUGCGAUAAUUCUUUGAACUUGAAUCCCACGUGACGCUUCAAUUUGACGAAAAAGUCGCUCUAUGAAGAAGAAGCGUUUCCAUUUUAAAAUUAACACAAAGCUGAUCAAAAUUUAUCCUAGUAGAAAAACGGCGGAAGGAUUGUUGAUCGCUUCUGACUACAUCCUCGAUCAGAAGGCCAUCCUCAUCAUAUCGCUUACAUCGUCCUUCGAUAUGCAAGAGAGUUGGCAUUCGUGAAGACGAGAAAGCUGAACAACGAGCGGGUCCGAUCAAAAUGGCAGUUUCCGAACACAUGGAGAACGGGAAAAGGAAUGAUGACAAAACAUCAGUUACGGAUGAAGAAGUAUAUAUUUCUAAACUUCGACAAGCAAUACCACAAUGUUGCGCAGUUGGCGCUAAAAAUUUACUCCUGAUUACUUUUGGUACAACCUUGGGAUUCUCAACUAUCCUUAUCCCAGCGUUACAAAAGGAGGAUUCGGACAUCAAAGUCACGAUGGAGGAAUUAACAUGGAUCAGCAGCCUGAACUUAUUUCUCGUGCCAUUUGGCUGCUUAGUGAGUGGACCGGUGUCACAGUAUUUGGGUAGAAAACGAACCAUGAUGCUGGCAAAUAUACCGUUCGUCGUGGCCUGGCUGAUAUAUCACUAUUCCAGCAAUCCCGGGAUGUUGCUUGCGGCGCUCGCGAUAACGGGCCUGACAGGAGGCCUCCUCGAAGGUCCAGUUAUAACUUAUGUCGCUGAGGUGACGCAACCCUAUCUUCGAGGAAUGCUCUCUGCGACUUCCUCGAUGGCGGUGAUCCUGGGGAUCUUCACACAAAUGUUGAGCGGCAGUUUAGUCCACUGGAGAACGGUGGCGCUAAUCAAUCUGAUUUAUCCGAUUCUUUGUUUUCUCGCUUUAUGCUUGGUACCCGAGAGUCCACACUGGCUCGCCGUUAAGGGUCGUCUCAAAGAAUCAGAACACGCUCUCUGUUGGUUGCGGGGUUGGGUAAACCCGUCUUAUGUGCAUAAUGAAUUUGGAGCGCUUUGCGAGGCGAUUCAGAAGCCGACCAAUAAUACCGGCUCUGAAAAAGAAAAGAUUUGGCAAGCCUAUACGGAACGAACUUUCUACAAGCCUUUCUUUUUGGUCAGCGCGGCAUUCUUUAUCAGUAACUUCGGUGGCUGUACGACCCUGCAGACUUUCGCCGUUAUAAUAUUCGCGAAAUUGAAUGCACCAAUCGACAAAUACACUGCCACGGUAUUCCUGGGCAUAGCUCAGUUAAUAGGCAUCACAAUAUGCGUACUAACGAUCCACCUUAUGGGAAAACGCAAGCUGUCCUUCCUUUCGGUCGGUGGUACCGGAUUAUGCUUCCUCAUUACCGCUAUCUAUGGUUAUUUAAACAAUGCAGAUUAUUUGGACGGGAUUAAAUACAGCUGGAUACCUACUACCUUUAUGAUAGGCGGUGCUUUCACGGCAAACAUUUGCAUCAGGACGCUGCCUUGGAUUCUCGCUGGAGAGGUGUUUCCCGUAAAAGUACGCAGCAGCGCAACCGGUGCGGCUGGUAUGAUUGCCUAUAUCAUGGCGUCGAUCGCGAAUAAAACCUUCCUCUACAUGGAGAACAGCAUGUCGCUACCCGGGACGAUUUUCUUCUACUCUAUGAUCAAUCUUGUUGGUUUGUGUCUACUAUUCGCGAUAUUACCUGAGACCGAGGGUAGGACUUUACAAGAAAUCGAGGAGCAUUAUGCCGGUAUACAGAACUUGAAGAAUCGACCGAGGAAGGAGCAAAAGGCCACCAAGGAAAAAUGGGCUGUCGAAAAUCCAGCAAUCGUACACGAUGAGAGUACCGAAAGUAAAUUGUAGGUCGAAAAUCGGUUAGCAACUCUUUUUUGCGAAUUAAACUACAUUAUUAAAUACCUACAUUACUGCAUUUUAAAAUAAAAUUAUCUCAUAAAAAAUAUAUUCUACACACAAACAACGUUAUG